AUGGUGAACUUGGCAAAUUGUCUCGCCGCUUUUUCCGCUAACAACGUGGUAGUCGGCGAGACAGGGCGCACAGCGCAGCGGUUUGCACUAGCAAAUAGACUCCGUCCUACUACUGAGGCUAACUUAGUAGUUGUACCAGCAGGCUCAUGA